AUGCUUGAGUAUAUAUGGGACACUGGUAGCCAUCAACCGGUACACUCUCAGUCGCUCCGACUCGGGAACCAGGGCAUCAGCGGAGAUAAGGCUUUACUUCGUCCUCUUAGGCUAACUCGCUUUGGGCUUUGGUUCAGGAUGGAAACCUCUUCGAUUUUUCGGAGCCGACGAUGCUCCAUCAUGCGCAACUGCAAAAGCGGUCUCUCCCUUUGGCUGGUGGUGUGGCUGGUCCUCGGCAAGCCAAGUCCGGCAUCGGCGUGCCCGCACCUGUGCGUGUGCUACCCGACGCCCAUGACUGUGAGCUGCCAGGCGCAGAACUUCACCGCCGUCCCGGUCGGAGUACCCUAUGAGUCGCAGCGCGUGUUUCUCCAGAACAACCGGAUCACGGAGCUUAGAGUUGGCUCUUUUGGCUUUGGGACUCAGGUUCUGUGGCUGUUCUCCAACAACAUCACGUGGAUUGAGGCAGGGGCCUUCAGUGAGCUGAGGGACUUGGAGGAGUUGGACCUGGGGGACAACCCCAAUCUCCACAGGCUGGAGGGGGGAGCUUUCCGCGGCCUAGAGAAGCUCCAGAGCCUCCACAUGCACCGCUGCCGGCUCACUGCCCUGCCCCAUGACAUCUUCCACAAGCUUUACAGCCUGCAGUUCCUCUACCUGCAGGAGAAUAAUCUCCACUUCCUGCAGGAUGACAUCUUUUCUGACCUCAUCAACCUGAGCCAGCUUUUCCUGCAUGGCAACCGUAUCCGCACCCUCUCAGAGAACGUGUUCCGCGGCUUGGUCAACCUCGACCGCCUUCUCCUCCAUGACAACCGCAUCAGACAGGUGAACCGUCGCGCCUUCCGCGACCUUGGCCGCCUGACCAUGCUCUUCCUCUUCAACAACUCCCUGGCUGAGCUGCCCAGCCAGACCCUGAGGGACACGCAAGGCAUCGAGUUCCUCCGCCUCAACGCCAACCCCUGGUCCUGCGGCUGUGAGGCCCGCGCCCUGUGGGAGUGGUUCCGCGAGGCCCGUGUAUCUUCAUCCGAGGUAAUCUGCGCCUCCCCUUCCACCCGCCGUGGCCAGGACCUCCGCUUCCUUCGUGAGAUGGACUUCGCCCUCUGCCCCCUGCCAGACCCCGGCUCCAUCGCCGGCUCCACCACCACCACCUUCAGCACCAAAACCCGCUGGUGGUUCCACAAGAACAAGCCCCAGUCGUCCACAAAAGGCGUCUUUGAGAAAUCUUCGGAGACUGUCAAGGCUGGUUUGUACGGGAAAGGCCCUUCCACAAGCACCUCAGUAGUCAAGUAUGAGAUGGGGGAGGAAGAGCUGGCGCUGCCCAAACUUGACCCAGAAGAGUACUGGGCAAACUACGGCAACGAGGACUCAGGUGUCACUGUGCGAUGCUUCGAGCUCGAAUGUCCACCUGAGUUCGACCUGCCUCCAUCUUCUUCUUCUCCCUCAUGCUCCUCGCCCUCUUUCCUCUCACUACUGGCCCUUUCUGUUUUCAGCCUCUGCCUCAACCUCCACCUGCUAUUCGGCUGA